AUGGGGCUGGCUUUUCGUUACUCAGCUAAGAUGGAUGAUGGGAAAAUACUGCUUUUGUAUUCGAAAAUAUGGGUGGGACUCCUUUUGCUCCCUACUGCGUUUCGGAACUCAAAAGUAGCUGCCAAAAAUAUUGAGCAUGUUCAAAGAAGAAAGCUUGCCACCGAAAACCCAGGUUUCAUCAGCAUUGAUUGUGGGGUGGAUGAUGAUUAUUUUGAUGGGGUGACAGGAAUAUUUUACAAGUCUGACAAAGAUUUCAUUAGCACAGGCACAAAUAAGGUUGUAGCGUCAGAGUACACCUCGACCCAUCCUUAUUUUGGGAGGCAGUUGAAUAGCUUGAGAAUGUUUCCAGAAGGAAAGAGGAAUUGUUAUACCUUGAAACCUAAUCAAGGCAAAAACCAUAACUAUAACAUCAGAAUUUUCUUCUACUAUGGAAAUUACGAUUUUAAGAAUCAGUCUCAAGGGUUUGAUCUAUACCUCGGGGUUAACUAUUGGGCAUCAGUGGUUGUGAAAGAUCGGCCGUGGGAAUAUUACAGUAUUAUUCAAUAUUCUUUAACCGAUACCAUUCAUGUGUGUCUCAUAAACACUGGUUUCGGAGUUCCCUUCAUCUCAGGAUUGGAUUUAAGGUAUUUAAACGAUUCCUCAUAUAGAAUUGAGACUGGAAUAUCUUUGGGUCCUGUAGUGCAAGCCAACCUCGGCGGUGAUCCAACCCAACGCAUAAUAAGAGUAUUUAGAAUGGGUUUUAUUGAUGGUGUUGUGGUAAUGGAAAAUGUUUUUGCUGAAUAUAGGAUGUUAUAUCCUUCACAAGUUGAGGGCUUAGAGGUAAAAGAGAGCUUGUAUUUUAAGUUAGCUAAAGCUUUUGGGUUUUUGGCUCAUUUAACGGAUACAAUUAAGAAGCCUUGGUUUUUGGAUCCACGGAGGGCUUGUCAUCAAUUGUUAAAGAAUCCUCUCAAUCGUCUUAUAGUUUUCCAGUUUAUGCUUAGGUACAAAGAUGAUGUGUAUGAUCGCAUCUGGUGGCAAUUCAACCUCUCCAAAUCAGUUCCAAUCAGCACCACAACAAGCAUUGACGUCCAAGGCAGUGAGGAUCCGUACCGUCUACCAGCUGAAGUGUUGAUAACCGCAGUCCGACCUGGAAAUGGCACUAAUUCUUUGAGCUACAGCUAUACAUAUCCGUAUAAGGUUAAUUUCACACCUGAGUUUCUUUUUUACUUUCACUUUGCUGAAAUCGAGCAGAUUGCACAAGGCCAAGUACGAGAAUUCACCAUUACUUUGAAUGGCAUAAAAGACGGGCCUUUCACCCUUGAAUACUUGAAGCCGUUGACCAUACACCCUAAUAAGUCGGUUCAAGGAGAUCAUGUUAACUUUUCUAUUGAUGCAACGUCGCGAUCUGACCUUCCACCUAUCCUAAAUGCCUUUGAGAUUUUCGCGGUAUGGUCACUCCCAGUUUCACCUACAAACCAAGCAGACGUUGAUGCAAUCAUGGCCAUCAAGAAAACAUACGGAAUAGAUAGAGCUGACUGGCAAGGUGAUCCAUGUUUACCCAUUACUACAUGGACUGGUUUGAACUGCAACAGUGAUAAUCCUCCAAGGAUCAUCUCUCUGUGA